AGGCGACGAGAUGGGGGGCUGAGACAGAGAGGCGUGCCGGAACUCUGCAUGAUUUGCCCCUGCAGCUUUGUGACCGAUGCAGCAAAUCUAGCAGCAAUCCUGACACUGACGGCCAAACCCGGCGCACUAUGCUGGCUGUGCUGUUUCGUGUUUUAAGUUGCUGGCACUCCCCUCGGAGGGGGCGGUAGACCCAUGCGAUCACAUUCAUCAUGACUGCGAAAUCACUUACCACUUUCACGGAGGUCUUUUUUGCAAAUUCGGGCCAGGCAACUCAUGCGACACCGUCAGUCAAUAAUAGCGCGGCAUUCUCCCUGAAGCUCGAUGAUACCAUUCAAACACUAUCAAGGAAAAGCGCUCCUAGCAAAGGCCCAAUUGAAGGGUUCCUCUUCGUUCCAAGUCUCGAUACCGGCGACCCGUGCAACAAUGCGACCGCUGCGUACGUGCCCGCCAACGUGACUCGGCUUGAAGAUAUCACCCCGCUAGGGAACCGCAAGAUCGGCCUAGCGCCCUGGGUGAACGUUGAGUGUACGCGGGCAUUCCUGAACGCUUCACAAGGCGACGGAACGGAUGCGCUGGUGUUCUUUCAGCCAAAUAGCGAUGACUCUAAACCGCCGCCGGCGAGCGAUCAGAUCUGGUCGUUGGGAGAUGAAGACGACUGGAAGCGCACGAAUGAGUAUCCAGUGUAUGCGAUACCCGGGCCGGCGGGUGUCACUCUGAUGGAGCGGUUGUCGUUGUACGGGACUGUGAACGACCCUGCUGGGGAUUUUCAGUCAGAUCAUCAGUUGAUUUCAGUGAUUGAUAUAGAAAGUACCAGCCAAGCCAUGCCUAGUCUUUGGGGCUUUAUUCUAGCCAUCUUGGGGACGAUCCUCGUGCUGAGUGUGGUUCUGCUGGUUUUCUACCAGGUUGUGCAGAAGCGACAUCGACAAAACCUUCGGCGGCGCCUGGAAAGUGGGGAAAUAGAUCCAGAGCAGUUGGGUAUGCAUCAGCUACGGGUUCCACUGGACUAUCUAGAUACGAUGCCAAUAUAUGUCUAUGGAAUUGAGACCGACGCCGAUAACGAUCCCGAGGAACAGUCUACCAAUCCUACCACCGGCCAUUCACAUGCUCAUCCGGCGUCGACGGGAUCUGCAGAAACGAUCGUCGCCAACGUCAAAGCCGACCAUCGUGACACUCCUCCCCAUUUCUCUUCGGAGACAAUCAUACUCAAACCAGAACCUGCUAGAAUAAAAGAUGUCGAGAAUAGAGCUUCAUCCAUACACUCCUCGAUGAGCAGCAGCCCCCACCACUCCCGACGAACGAGUGGCAGGUGGCGCGAGAACCGACUGAGCCGGUCACAGACGACCUGCGCGAUCUGUCUGGAUGACUACGUUCCAGGUCAAUCCACCGUGCGAGAGCUACCAUGCGGACAUAUCUUCCAUCCAGAUUGUAUCGACACCGCGUUGACCCAGUCGAGCAGUCUGUGUCCCCUGUGCAAGAAGAGUGUCUUGCCAGUUGAACACUUUCCUGCGCCUGACUUUGCAGUGUAAACUGGAGACAACCGGUCAUGGUCAAGUGACAAAAUUGCAGUCAAUGUGCUAUGCUGGAUCUUAGCGAAUCGCCUCUUGUCAAUCCCAAUAUUCGGCAGUCAAAAUACCUCUGAUAACUUUGACCUGUCAGGAUUCGAUCAGCGUUGGCACCUGGGUCUGUUAUAACAGGAGUAAAUCACAUGACGCUCAUGGCAGAAAAGACCAGCUUCGUCCUCGUUUCGGCAAGCUAGGCCUCCGCAGCUGGUACAUAGCGUGCCUCGCAAUAAAAACACAUCAGUCUAUGUGCACUCACGACCAGACUUCACCAAAAGCGCAGCCUCUUACAUUCAUGUGUACGGGGG